AUGGUUCUCUUCUCAACUUUGACCCUUGCCGGGCUUGCGGCCGCUGCUUCGCUUGCAGGGGCAGCUACUAUCGAUUCCAGUGAAGAAGUUUCCGGUAACGUAGCCACAGGUGCAUUUAUCCUCGAGUGCGAGAGCACCCAAAACCUCGAUGAGCUCGUCAAGGCGAUCCAAGACCAGGGCGGCGAGAUUCGCCGCCAAUUCAAAUCCAAGGUCUUUUACGGCAUCUCAGUGCAGAUGCACAACACCACGAUGACCGGACAUGGGAUGGAACAAAUGCCAGGCGUUACGAAAGUGUGGCCGGUAGAGGUCACGAAGCAGCCGGUGGAGCCGCAGACAGUGCAGCAGCCUGGGAGUCAGCGCCGCGACAACUCUGCGCCGUGGAACCACAUCAUGACGCAGGUCGACAAGCUACAUGCCGCCGGAUUUACGGGUAGCGGUAUCAGAAUUGCCGUUGUUGAUACUGGCGUCAACUAUACGCAUUCCGCCCUUGGUGGCUGCUUCGGCAAAGGCUGCCGAGUUGUCCUUGGUGACAACUUCUCCAAAGACGGCAAGAAGAAUGACCCCAUGGACUGCCACGGCCACGGCACGACCGUGGCUGGUAUACUCGCCGGAAACGACGCUAACUACGUUGGCGUGGCGCCCAAUGCGACCCUGGCAGCGUACAGGGUGCUCGACUGCAAUGCCAUGAUGGUCGAGGACGACCUCGUCGCCGGCUGGGUCAAAGCCUAUGAAGACGGCGCGCAACUCAUAGUCUCUUCUGCUGGCUGGCCGGGCUCUAGCUGGGCUACUCGUCCUGCCGCGGCUGUCGUCUCGCGCAUCGUCGACAGCGGCGUCCCGUGCAUAGUCGGCCUCGGCAACGACAAAAAGGCCGGCCUCUUUUCCGUGAUGAAUCCCUCGAGCGGCAAGGACGUGACGUCGGUCAACGCCUUUGCCCGGGCGCCCGGUGCCAUCGACGGCCCUGUCAAAGAUGCCCCCAUGGCUCGGUUCUCAACCUAUGGCCCGAAUUGGGAUCUCGACAUCAAGCCCACCGUCGGUGCGCCCGGUGACGACGUUCCAGGUAUCCAAAACAGUGGCGGCUACGAAGAUGUAUCGGGAACCUCCUUCGCCGGGCCCUUUGUCGCUGGCAUCAUGGCCCUCAUGGCCGAGGUACGGGGCACUUUUGACCCGGUACUUCUCAACAGCAUCCUCAUGUCCACGGCCGUGCCUCAGGGAGCGCCCUACUCAGUUGCGCAGCAGGGUGGCGGUCUGGUGAGAGCCUGGGACGCUGCUCACGCCACCACCCUCGUCGAGCCGUCCGGCCUCGCUUUCAACGACACCCAGCAUCGCGCGCAGUCUUUGAGUCUUAGCAUUACCAACACUGCCAAGACCAACGUCACCUACCAUCUCGAUACCCUCGCAGCAGAGACACUGUACACCCUCAUUCCCGGCAUCGGCCUGGAACAGAGCCCGCCUGUCCAGGAGUCAGCGGACAUUAAGCUUAGCCAGAGCGUACUUGUCCUUGGCCCUGGUAAAUCGGCCGCUGUGGACAUCUCGGCCACAGAUCCCUCGGGUCUUGAUGGUGGCCGCCUGCCCGUGUGGUCCGGCUGGAUCAAGAUCAACAGCUCCAACAGCGAUGUGUUGACAGUUCCUUAUCUAGGUCUGUCCGGUUCGUUGAAAGAACACCAGGUUCUGCCUUCAUGGGGAGCAAAACUUGCUACUUUCACGAACGAUCCCGUAUGGGGUCCUCGCGACAAUAGCCUCUAUGAUGGAGAGGAUAUUGACUACAAGAUCAAUAACGACAGCUCCUUGGAUCUUUCCCUACCCUUGAGUGUUAAGCCCGAAUUUGGCACCCGCCUUGUGCGAGCCGAGGUCGUGCCAAUUGCGCCUCGCAAGUGGCUGGCCGAUCGCAUGCAGGCCAAGAAUCUCAAGAUCAACGCCUUUACUAUGGAGGCGCUCUCUCAUACUCAAACAACACGCACGACAUGGAACGGCCGACUGGAGUGGGGUGAUUAUCUCCCUGUGGGCACCUACAAGCUUGUUGUGCGCGCCCUUAGGCUCUUUGGCGAUUCCAAAGCCGAAUCGGAUUGGGACACGUCGGAGACUGUAACGUUCCAAGUCAGGAAGGGAGCUGGUGAGAAGGCUUGCAAAGUCUACGAGCCUGGCCAGGCAAAGAUUCCCGAUAAUGCCCUCUUCGACAGCCACCAGGAAUGUCUCGAUGUUCAGGGCGAUGCUCUAGAUGACCGCCCUUGGAUUCCUGAGCCCCAGGACGCGGCAAUGUGCACUGAUGAUGACCUCACGGAAAAGGCCUGCGGUACUUACCGAUUCUGCAAGGCGCACGAAGACGCAGCGCUUUCGCAUAAACUCAAGUCCCCUUUCAAGUGGUCCUCGGACUGCGCCAGGAGCCACAAGAUGCUGCCAGCUGUACCAGGCGACAUGUCGAGGAUACAAGAGUGUGUGACCACAAAGGACGAAAGCAUCUGCGGCACGCAAAUCUGGUGCGAUUUUGGAUUCAGCUCGCCGCAAUUUGGCAACGGCGAAGAGUGCAAGUGGGCGCAUGGAAAAUUUUCUUAG